UUAAGAAUAGGCAGUUUCUAGCUAAUUUUAAGACAUUCAGCACUUAAAGAAACAAAUACUUUUUAUUUUUAAUAUAUAAAAUUAAAGAUUUUGUUUUAACUCCUCGCAAAACACACAUAUACACAAAUUCUUUCUUUGGAACAGAUUCUGGUACCUUUCUAAAUAACAUCAAAAGCUAUCUAUUUAAGUUCUCAUCGAACAAGUUUCUUUCUUGUUUGAUGGCAAAAGAAGAUUAUUGCCGAAUCUGGCUGCCUGUUCUUUAAAUUUUAUUGAUGUAGGGUCAAGCCUUACCAUCAAUGCUUAAGGAAAUCCAAUUAUUUAAAUGUUUGGCUGUUAAUAAAUAUUAGUUUUUCAGUGGUACCGAUGCCGGUUGUCUCGGAGGGCUGGAGGCACUCGCUCUCCCCAGUCAGACUGCACUGAGGUGCAGAUCGAGGUGCUGCUCUUGUUGGUAACACACAAAUACAAAGUCUCAGCAGUGAUAUCACCUCAGUAGCAACAGGAAAAGAGAAGUAGCCCAAAUCUGGGAUUUUCAGCACACUCUGUGGUAUGUGGUGGCCACACAUAUUCCAUAUAUAGAAGGAAAGUGUGCACAAUGCUUGUCCUGAAGGUCGAUUUAUCUUCAUUCUUGACUCUUCACCAAAAACUCAUCUUAAAGCCUGUUGUUGCCCCAGUAAAAUGCAAUUUCCUUAUAGAAAUCUUCUAACUGAGCAACGUUUAGAGCAGUUUUGGGAUUGUUUCCCAUCUCCCUAAAUCUGACCAUAGGGGUCUCUUGAAAGAGAAUUGCUAAGAAUUUCCAACUGGACUAUGUAAUCACAGCGCCUGGUAUCAAGAGGAGGGGGAGUGACAUGAAAUCACUGACUUGUGACAUACAUUCCUCAGCAACAGCAGCUGCUGCCUAAUGACAGCUAAUAAAGGGAAUCUUCCCUUGACAGAGCUGCAUGCCUGCAGUAGGACUGGAAUGUGCCCAAGAUAAACCCACUGAUAACCUAGGAAGCAGGGAUCACCCAAAGUGUAUAAAAGACAAGCUUCAGAAGAGAGACAACAGGACAAGGAAGAGAGACUUGAAGGGACAUCUCAGAAGAAACAGUUUGAACUUCCCUAUUCCCAACAAAGUCAGCGCCAUGGACACUAAAGGCUCAUUUUUCUAUGGCUUCCUCUUGCUGCUGCUCAUCCAGCUCCAGUCCAGCAGAGCCAACCCUAUCUACAGCCUCAGCCCUGCCAAAGAACUGGCCAGCAUGGAGGCUCUGCUGGAGAGACUGGAGGAUAAGUUUGCAAUGAUUGAAGCCCUAGAGUCCAACCCUGACCUGCAACAACCCAAAAUCCAGGAGGAGACCCCAUCAGAACUCGUCGAUGACAGUGACAACCAGAAGGCUGAACCCAGGCUUGCACCCAACACCCCUCUGACCUACAGGGACCCUUUCUUCAAGAAACUGAGGGGGCUGCAAAUGCCCAGGAUGAUGAGAGAUUCUGGCUGUUUUGGGAGGAGGAUUGAUCGGAUCGGCUCCCUGAGUGGGAUGGGGUGCAAUGGUGAGUCCUGUUUAAACCAUUUCACUGAACAGCACAGACUGUGGCCCUGCCAUGGGACAGGGAAGGAGCAGCUUAAGUCUUUAAGAAGACACAGUUUGAGAAUGGAGUUAAUUUGA